AGCCUUCGGCUCAAGCCUUUGGCUCAAGCCAUUUCGUUUCGAGGCGCCUCCGCGGCUCGCCGAAGGGAUCCGAACCUCGAGUCUGCCUGUGCGAGGCCUCGAUGCCGCCCGCGCGCGCCGCCCUCAGCGCCGCCCUCGCCGCGGCCAUCGCCGCCGCCAGCGCCGCCGGACCGGCGCCGCCCACCGCGGUGUGGCCGCAGCCGCGGCAGGCGGCCAGCGGCUCCGCGGCGGUGCCCGUGGCGCCGGGCCCGGACUUCUUCUCCCUCGGCGGCCACGGCGAGAGCCCGCUGCUCGAGGCCGCCUUCGAGCGCUACGCGGCCCUGACCUUCCCGCACGCCGGGGGGGCCACGCCCGUCAGCCGGGCAGGGGCGGUGGUCGGCCUGGUCCUCUCCGUGUGGGUGCUCGGCGAGGCCCACCCGCAGGUGUCCACGGACGAGAGCUACAACCUGUCCGUGCCCUCGGCGGGGGGCGUCGCCGUGGCGAGCUCGAGGACGGUGUUCGGAGCGCUGCGGGCCCUCGAGACCUUCUCGCAGCUCGUGCGAUUCGACUUCGAUCGCGGCGCCUACGUCGUCGACGGGGCGCCCUGGGUGAUCCAGGACCGGCCCCGCUUCCCGCAUCGCGGGCUGAUGAUCGAUUCGGCAAGGCACUUCUUGUCGCUGCCGUCCAUUCGGCAGAUCAUCGACACCCUGCCGUAUGCGAAGCUGAACGUGCUGCACUGGCACAUGGUCGAUCAGCAGUCCUUCCCCUUCCAGUCGAAGAGCAGCCCCAAGCUCUGGGAAGGCUCGUACUCUGCAGUGGAGAGGUACACGCAAGCCGAUGUAGAGUCUGUUGUCGAGUACGCUCGCUUGCGCGGAGUGCGGGUGAUGGUGGAGUUCGACGUGCCUGGCCACGCGGCGAGCUGGUGCAUCGGUUACCCUGAGAUCUGUCCAGCGGCCGAUUGUCAGAUGCCUUUGAACGUGGCCUCUGAAGCUACAUUCAACCUUAUCGAAGGCCUCAUCUCCGAGGUUGCGGGCACGGGAUCUUCAAAGAGUCAUGAUGCGUCUGGGCUCUUUCCUGAUUCGUUCGUACAUUUGGGCGGCGACGAAGUAAAUACAUCCUGUUGGACCAAGACGCCGUCGGUGGCGUCUUGGCUUCAGGAGCGCAACCUCACAGCUGACGAGGGCUACGCCUAUUUUGCCAAGCGAGUUGCGUCCAUGGUAAUCCAGCGUGGUCACCGCCCCGUGCAGUGGUCGGAAGUCUACGACCACUUUAAGGCAUCACUUCCGAAGGAGACCAUCGUUCAUAUUUGGAAGGGCGUCACCAAUGUGACCGAGGUCGUCGCCAACGGCUACGAUGUCCUGAUCAACGUGGCCACCGGAGACAAGCCGUGGUACCUCGACUACCUGAACAUCAAGUGGGACGCGGUGUACCGGAACGACCCUUGCCACGGCAUACCCACCGACGAGCUCUGCGCUCGCGUUCUCGGCGGCCACGGGGAGAUGUGGGGGGAGACCGUGGAUGGCUCGGACCUGCAGAGCACGGUCUGGCCGCGCCUGGCGGCCAUCGCCGAGAAGCUCUGGAGCGGCCGCUCCCAGACCGAGGACGUGGCCGAGGUCCUGCCCCGCAUCCGCGCCUUCCGGUGCCUGCUGCUGCAGCGGGGCGUGGCCGCUGCCCCCGUGGACAACGCGCAGGCCCGGGCGGCGCCCGCGGGGCCGGGCUCCUGCUUCGAGCAGGGUGCCAGGGCCCCGGGCUCCGCGCGCCCUGUCGGCGAGAGGGCCAUCCUGCUCUGAGCGCGCCUGCCCAGGAGGGAGGAGGGUGG